AUGUAUAUAACUUGUAUAUGUAUAUAUAUACGUAUAUAUAUAUACAUAUAUAUAUAUGUGUGUUGGAUUGGGGGUUGUAUAUUGGAUUGGGGGUUGUAUACUGGAUUGGAGCUGACUGAUUGUUUCGUUCAGUGUACGAGUGCGGAGGCGAAUAAGCCUUAUAUAUUAACAUUGAACGAUUUGUCGACGACGCGAAAUGAUGGAACGCCUCGGCGAAGUCGCAUGCGCAACAUCACCACCGAGACAUUCGCAACGCUGAAUAAGCCUCAGCCGAUGUUCUGUGAGCAUAAGCCAAAAUUGAGCAUGUACAGUAACUGGCAGCAGAGCACCGUGGAUUCUGAAGAAGCGAAACUGAAUCUGCUGUAUAUGAGCACCUGCUCGACAAAACCCAGAAUGGGAGUGAAGCAGCUAUGGCGGUACACUACUGCAUUGCGUGAAAUGGGCGUACUCAAAGUGACGCAUUCUUCUUUUUGGGAUUAUUCAAAUAAGGCAAGAGAUUUCUGUAUUACUUUCUAA